AUGGACACUCACGAUAUUGAAUCUGUUGCGGACUCAAAGUCUGUAAAUCUAAAAGCCGACUCGGACAGGUCAGGGCCGGGGAUGGUGGAAGAAGGUGUGAUGGUGACUUUGACGAAUGAAGAGAACCUUAACAUCAGAAGAAAGACUGAUAAAACGAUUCUGACGAUCCUUACUUGGGUCUACUUCCUGCAGGUCUUGGACAAGGGCGUCCUAGGAACUGCUUCAAUUUUCAAUCUCCAGGAGGACACGGGUCUCGUCGGAAGCCAGUAUUCUCUUGUUUCGUCAAUUGCCCCUAUCGCGCAGCUAGCGUGGCAGCCAUUCUCGGCAUGGCUCAUUGUGAAGGUUCCACCCCGUAUUUUGAUGCCAUCCAUGGUGCUCUGUUGGGGAAUUGCAGCAGCAAGUACUGCAGCAUGCCACAGCUUUGCCGGGUUGGUCACCGUUCGUUUCUUCCUGGGUCUCUUCGAGGCCGGGUGCAUGCCACUCUUUACCAUUCUCACUGGGCAAUGGUAUCGUCGCGUCGAGCAACCGCUUCGAGUUUCGAUUUGGAAUUCAAUGAACGGAACAGCGACUAUGGUAGCUUCUGCCUUGUCGUAUGGCCUUGGUCAUAUCCCCUCAGAUGUGUUGAGGCCGUGGCAAAUAAUCUUCCUUGUUGUUGGAUUGAUCACUAUUGUCAGCGCGCCCGUGAUUUAUUGGAAACUUGACAACGACAUCACGACCGCCCGCUUUCUCACAGAACACGAACGAAGACAAGGUGUGGAACGCCUGCGGGCAAAUCAAACCGGUUCCGCUUCCUACAACUUCGACUGGUCCCAGGUUCUCGAGGUUGCCAUGGAACCUAAGAGUUGGCUUUGGGUUAUCAUGGCCUUGCUGCCAAACAUGGGAUCAGCGAUGACGAGCACUUUCGGUCCUCUUAUUGUCAAAGGUUUCGGCUUUGACGCCUACCAAACUUCAUUGCUCAACAUACCUUUUGGCGCUAUGCAAACGAUCGUCAUCGUCGGCAGUUGCUGGGCCUCUUACAAGCUGAAGCUAAAAUCCGCCGUUCUAAUUGGUUUCAUGCUCCCGGUAGUGACAGGCAUCGCAAUGCUCUACGCGCUCCCACACCAAAAGUCCAACCAAGGACCGCUUCUACUUGCCUAUUAUCUUUGUGCCUUUUUGUUUGCUGCCAACCCGCUCCUUUUAUCGUGGGUCGUGGGAAACACUGCUGGCGCCGCCAAGACAUCAACCACGCUGGCCCUUUACCAGGCUGGUACGUCCGCUGGAGCCCUCUCCGGUCCGCUUCUAUUCACUGCUGAACAAGCUCCAACCUAUCUUCCCGGAAUCCGGGCUGUUCUUGGGCUCUUUAUUGCUUUGGUCGGCUGUGUGAUCCUCCAAGUCCUCAAUCUAGCCUUUUUGAACAAGCAGCACAGAAAGAGAAGAGUCAGCAAUGGAAAAACUGCGGACAUCCAAGAUAGAUCGAUGACCCACGGGUUUGAGACGGACGGGAAAGUGCAGGGGCCAGUUUCAACUGAUGCAGCACCAUUUGUGGAUUUGACUGACAGGAAGAAUGACGAGUUUGUGUACAUCUAUUGA